CGAGACUGAGAAGUGGAGCGUGCGCUGCCUUGCUUUUAUACAUACAUAUUUGUAUGAUUAUAACAUGGGGACGGCGCCUCGGAUUAUGUCCACUUUAAUCUGAAGAGGAUCUGUUCAUCUGUCAGAAAUAAACUGCUGACGACCACAAACAGUUGUGGUCCAACUAAUUGUGGUGGAAAUGAAUAUUUGAUGGACCCGGCAUGGAGAUAGCCUUGGUGAGUUUCGAGAACGGGGGAGCGAAGGGGAACGGAGGCAGCGCGAGCACAGGCGACGCGUGCCCGAACGCGCUGAACAUCCCCGGGUCCGGGCUCGCGCAAACGGCGCAGGGGGAGCGCUUCGGCAAGGAACUCAACGCCCUGGGUGGAACGCGGCGGACCUCCUGGAAGAUCAACGAUAUGAACGACACUUUGAGCAGCAGCGAGAACGCCAUGGACGCGCUGCUGCGUGCAGACCACAGCCCUCACCUCUUCGACGGGGACGCACUGGAAGUGGAUCUGGAUAACGAGAGCAGCGAGCGCGUGCUCAUCAACAUUGCGGGUCUGAAGUUCGAGACACAGCUGGGGACCCUCAACCAGUUCCCUGACACUUUGCUCGGAGACCCAGACAAAAGGAUCAAGUACUUCGACCCGCUUCGGAACGAGUACUUCUUUGACCGCAACCGGCCGAGUUUCGACGGAAUCCUGUAUUUCUACCAGUCUGGCGGGAAAAUCCGGAGACCCGUCAACGUGUCCAUUGACGUUUUCGCGGAUGAGAUCCGGUUCUAUCAGCUAGGCGAGGAGGCCAUGGACAGGUUCAGAGAAGAUGAGGGGUUUAUUAAAGAGGAGGAGAAGCCUCUGCCCCAAAAUGAGUUUCAGAAGCAGGUCUGGCUCAUCUUCGAGUACCCGGAGAGCUCGAGCCCCGCUCGAGGAAUCGCCAUCGUGUCAGUGAUUGUCAUUACUAUUUCCAUCAUCACCUUCUGCAUGGAAACUUUGCCCGAGUUUCGGGACGAAAGAGAGCUGCCACUCACCGUCCGAGCGGACAAUGGCACGCAGCCUCGUCCGUCUGUCACAUUCUCCGACCCCUUCUUCAUCAUAGAGACCACCUGUGUCAUUUGGUUCACCUUUGAGCUUUUUGUGAGAUUCUUUGCCUGCCCGAGCAAGUCCGAGUUCUCUAAGACCAUCAUGAACAUUAUCGACAUUAUGUCUAUCAUGCCUUACUUCAUCACGGUGGGUACGGAGCUCGCAGAGCAGCAGGGACAGGAGCACAACAACGGACAGCAGGCAAUGUCGCUGGCCAUCCUCAGGGUCAUCCGUCUGGUCAGGGUCUUCAGGAUAUUCAAGCUGUCCAGACACUCCAAGGGACUCCAGAUUCUCGGCCAGACCCUGAAGGCCAGCAUGCGCGAGCUGGGUUUACUCAUCUUUUUCCUCUUCAUCGGAGUUAUCCUCUUCUCCAGCGCCGUGUAUUUCGCAGAGGCAGAUGAGCCUGAGUCUCAUUUUUCCAGCAUCCCCGACGCGUUCUGGUGGGCUGUGGUAACCAUGACGACCGUGGGUUACGGAGACAUGAGACCGGUGACAGUAGGGGGGAAAAUUGUGGGGUCCUUAUGCGCUAUCGCUGGGGUGUUGACCAUUGCCCUACCGGUUCCCGUGAUCGUAUCCAACUUUAACUACUUCUACCACAGAGAAACCGACCAGGACCAGUCAUCCCUUAAGGAGGAUCCAGGCGGAGAGCACGCCAGCCCGGGUGGGGACCUCAAGCAAAGCCGCAGCAAGUCCUCUCUGAAGUCCACGGGGGACGCUGAGAAGAACGAGAAUCUGAACACGCCCGAAAAGGCAAAUAUCAAAGCAAACAGCAGCGUGGACAUCAAAAGGUCUCUCUACACACUCUGCUUGGAUACCCGGGAGACAGACCUGUGAUUAA